CAGUGUGUGUGCACCUUUUCGUUCGUUAUGUCAAUGUCAUUGUCAGUGUCAGUUUUGAUUCAGCACUGUGGCACAUAAAUUUGAGGUUAUUUCAGGUUGAAAACAUAGUAUCAUAGUAGUUCUAAAUGGUGAAAUAAGUUAAUUAUUAUAAAAUACAUGUGAAAACGUUGAUUAGUUUACCAACAAGACAGGUAAAACCUCAAGAUGGAAGUAGGGGCAGUGAAACAGGCUUAUAAUAAUGAGGUGAUUCACCUGAAAAAGAAAUUGAAUCAGGCCAAAAUACAAGUAAUACACAAGCUUACAAGAAAGGCUAAAACAUUUGCGGAGAAGAAAUGUCCCGAAAAGUUAAAGGAAAAACUUAACAGAAAAGCUAAAUCCGCUGUUAAUGAAGUACUCAUUAUUAAGAAAAUCACCAAUAAAGAAUUAGCCAAGUUUGCUGUGACACAUAAGGGUGAACUGAAAGAUUAUUUGAACAAACCAGAGGUCAACAAAGAAAAAGCUUGUGCUAGGCUCUUACUACAUAAAACCUUGGAGGACAAGUAUGAUUUCUUUAGAAGUAGAUUCUCAAAUAUGCCCAUAGAAGAUCUUGUCAUGUCAAGAGAGGAAAGAAGAAAAAUUAAGAAAGAAGAAAAAGAGAAACAAAAGUUGAAAAAGAAAGCAAAAGAAGAAAAACAGAAAUUAAAAGCUAUGAAAACUGAUGGUGACUGGAAAGUUGAAGAUUUGCCUUUGAUACCAAACAAAACUGUAAUGGACGAAGCAGAUGACAAAAUCGAUGUUUCAAUGGAUGACAAUAAUGAUGCAAGUGAUUUAAGUGAAAAAGAAAGUGAUAAUGAUAACAGCUUACAAAAAAGUAGUUUAAAUGAUAGUAUCGACGAUGAUGAUGAUGAUGCUGAUGAGGACGAUGAUGCUCAUCAUGAUGAAGAUGAUAAUAUUGAAAUUGAUAGUAAUAAUUUACAAAAAGAAGAAAGCGAUUCAGCUGCAAGUGACUUAGACAAUGAUACAAAUGAAGAUAUAACUGAAACUAAAGUGCAAUUAAAAUCACCGAAGUUGUCAGAAGAAUUGAACAUUAAACCGAGCAAAUGUAAACUUAAUGGGGUAAAGAAACCAAUUUCAGAAAAGAAACCACAGAAAGAAGAUAAUAGAAAGAAAUUACCCAAAAAAGUGAAAGAAAGUAACAAACAUAAAAACUUUGCUGAGAAAAUUAUGUCAAAGAAGUUCAAGAAAGACAUAGAUGAGAAACCAGUGGCUGAAAACAAAAUAGUUGAUCCAUUCUUUGUUACUGCGACUGGUGACAAAUACAUGUCUUUAGCUGAACCCAGAGCACCGGACGAAAUAUUAGAAGUACAUAGACAAGGAAAUAGACAAAUGAGAAGAGCGAAAAUGUUUGGACAUGAGCUCAAAUUCAAACCUAGGAAAACUAAUAACUAUAAUAAUAGAGAUGGGUUUAGUCAAAAAGGUGAUAAGUUCAAUAGAGAAAGUAAAUUCAAUGGUUCUUUCGAUAAACAGAACAGGAACAAUUCUAAGUUUGAUAAACAAAAUGGCUUCAAUUCUAAUAGAAGUGAUAAAUCAUUUGCUAACAGUAAACCAGAUUCUUGGCAACAGACUCGCAGAGAUGAAAGUAGGAAUAAUUCAUCACAAUCUAAAACUGAACUAUCUGUACCCGAAAAAUUGCAUCCUUCAUGGGAGGCCAAGAAAAAGAAAUCAGGUAUUUUACCGUUUGAAGGUAAGAAAAUUGUAUUUGAUUGAGUUUAAUAAUAAAUAUAGAUAUUUUUUA